UGGCUCCACUGGAGGAAAACACACCCCGGUCUCACAUUAAAGAAGCCAAACUGUCGGCUUCAAAGAGAAAAGGCAACAUCCUGUCACAGGCCAUGCUCUGGCAAAAACCCACACCCCCGGAGCAAGCCCCAGCCCCGGCCCGGCCAUACCAGGGCGUCCGUGUGAAGGAGCCAGUGAAGGAACUGCUGAGGAGGAAGCGAGGCCACUCCAGCAGCGGGGCAGCACCUGCACCUACGGCGGUGGUGCUGCCCCAUCAGCCCCUGGCGACAUACACCACAGUGGGUCCUUCCUGCCUGGACAUGGAAGGCUCUGUGUCUGCAGUGACAGAGGAGGGUGCCCUGUGUGCCGGCUGGCUCUCCCAGCCCACCCCGGCCACCCUCCAGCCCCUGGCCCCAUGGACACCUUACACCGAGUAUGUGCCCCAUGAAGCUGUCAGCUGCCCCUACUCAGCUGACAUGUAUGUGCAGCCCGUGUGCCCCAGCUACACGGUGGUGGGGCCCUCCUCAGUGUUGACCUAUGCCUCUCCACCACUCAUCACCAACGUCACGACAAGAAGCUCCGCCACGCCCGCAGUGGGGCCCCCGCUGGAGGGCCCAGAGCACCAGGCACCCCUCACCUAUUUCCCGUGGCCUCAGCCCCUUUCCACACUACCCACCUCCACCCUGCAGUACCAGCCUCCGGCCCCAGCCCUACCUGGGCCCCAGUUUGUUCAGCUCCCCAUCUCUAUCCCAGAGCCAGUCCUUCAGGACAUGGAAGACCCCAGGAGAGCCGCCAGCUCAUUGACCAUCGACAAGCUGCUUUUGGAGGAAGAGGAUAGCGACACCUACGCUCUCAACCACACUCUCUCUGUGGAAGGCUUUUAGGGGUGGCUCCCACCUGAGUCCUGUUCCCUGAAACUGGGAUUUUAAAAUGAGCCUGGAAUUGAGCCCCAAGUUCAUGCUUGUUUGGAGUAGUCAUUUCAUAACUACACUUUCUAUGCACAGCUAGAAUUGUAGACCUGUAAACCUUCCUUCCCUUCUUCCUUCCCCUCCCUCCC